AUGAGUAUCCAUAUUCGUCGUUAUUUAUUUCGUUUUAUUCUUCUUGUACCUGUUGCUUGGCUUUUAAUUAUUCUUAUACUUCUACAAUCGAAUGAAAUAUCUACAAAAUCAUCUGACAAUAAUCAACCAAACGAUUAUAAUUCAAAUCAUCGAAAAGGACGUGAUGCGGAUGAAGCUGAUGCAUUUGGUGGUGAUGUAUUCAGGCAGUUAGGUAAUCGUAUAGCAUCAACUAUUAAUAAAUCAGCACAUAUUGAAUCAUCAAGUGAAACAGUUCGUGUUAUACAUGAAAAGCCAGACCAAGUUGUACCACCUCAAUUAGAGAAUGCAAAACAAUCUUUAAAUGGUCCUGGUGAAAUGGGUAAAGCAUUUGAAGUUAAUAAAGAUAAAUUAACUCCUGAAGAACGUCGAAAAUAUGAUGAAGGUUUUCAAAAGAAUGCAUUCAAUUGUUAUGUUAGUGAUUUAAUAUCAAUACAUCGUAGUUUACCUGAUGUACGUGAUCCUGGUUGUAGAAAAAUUGAUUAUAAAGCACCACGAGUAACAGCAAGUAUUGUUAUGUGUUUUCAUAAUGAAGCAUGGUCAGUAUUAUUAAGAUCGAUACAUUCAAUUAUUGAUCGUACUCCAGCUGAUUUAUUAAAAGAAAUUAUUCUUGUUGAUGAUUUUUCUGAUAUGGACCAUUUAAAAAAACCACUCGAUGAUUAUGCAAAGGCUCUUGGAAAAGUAGUUAUUGUUCGUCAACCUAAACGUGAAGGUCUUAUUCGAUCACGUUUAGUUGGUGCUGCUGCUGUUAAAGGUGAUGUUAUUGUUUUUCUUGAUUCACAUAUUGAAGCAACUGAAGGUUGGCUUGAACCAUUAAUGGAUCCUAUAUCAGCAAAUCGUACAACAGUUGUAACACCUGUUAUUGAUGUUAUUGAUGAUUCAACAUUUAAAUAUAAUUAUGGUGCUGUAAGUUCAUUGAGUGUUGGUGGUUUUGAUUGGAAUUUACAAUUUAAUUGGCAUGGUGUACCAGAACGUGAACGAAAACGAAGAAAACAUGAAUUAGAACCUGUUCGAACACCGACCAUGGCUGGAGGACUUUUUGCAAUAAGUAGAAUCUAUUUUGAAGAACUUGGAACAUAUGAUGCUGGAAUGGAUAUUUGGGGUGGUGAAAAUCUUGAAAUGUCCUUUCGUAUUUGGAUGUGUGGUGGUACUCUAGUAACUGCUCCUUGUUCACAUGUUGGUCAUAUAUUUCGAAAACGAUCUCCUUAUAAAUGGUUACCAGGUGUUAAUGUUGUUAAGAAAAAUGCAGUUCGUGUAGCUGAAGUUUGGCUUGAUGAAUAUAAAAAAUAUUAUUAUGAAAGAUUUAAUUAUGAUUUAGGUGAAUAUGGUGAUGUAUCUUCUCGUAAAUUACUUCGACAAAAAUUACAAUGUAAAUCUUUUAAAUGGUUUUUAACGGAAAUUUAUCCAGAACAAUUUAUACCUGGUGAUGCAGUAGCUUCCGGCGAGGUUCGAAAUGUAGCCGCUGGUUUUUGUGUUGAUGGAAGUACUGAUCAUAAGAAUUAUCAUAAACCGGUAAUCGGUUAUCCUUGCCAUUCUCAAGGUGGUAAUCAGUUUUUUAUGCUGAGUAAAUUGGGAGAAAUUCGUCGAGAUGAUGGAUGUUUGGAUUUCUCAGGUGGUGUUAAUGAUGCUAAUAAAGAUGACAAAGUUAUUGUUUAUCCAUGUCAUGGAAUGAAAGGAAAUCAGCAAUGGCAAUUUAAAGAGAAUAAUCAAAUAUACCAUCCAGUAUCAAAUUUGUGUAUGUCAUUAUCUGAUGAUAAUAAACACAUUCGAAUGAGUCAAUGUGACGACAAUAAUCAACGUUUUAAAUGGUCAUGGAAACGUAAACCUCUUAACGAAACGAGCAAAGCUUAA